UUAUUCUCUCUCCCAGGGGGGACGCAGGGAGACCCAGUGCCGCAGAAGACGAAGGGAUCGUGUUUGCUAAGUGUAGCCGGUAAACAAGCUUCAUAUAAGAAAACUGAUUUUCAAGUAUUUUGGAUGAUCUCUAUAUAGUUUGAGAUACUAUUGCAUCAUGGCUUCGAACGUUGUUUGGAGGAUACUCUACUGGGCUGUAGUGGCUUGUGCAAUUCUAUUACUACUAGCUUCAUUUUUCCAGGAAGUUUCAGGAACUACCGCUCCACCCACCAACGCCCCUGACACAGACCCCACAACUGGACCACUCUCUGGGCCAGUCACCGAUCCCUCCGCCUCCACGUCAGGAUCAAAGGACAGUCUAGAACCAAGUCCUGAUGCAACUACAAAGAGCAGUAGAGAUGCUCCAGAAACAUCAACCGUGAGUGCUUCAACACCCAAAGGGUUCAGCAGCACACAGGAUACCAAUGCAGCGGGCAUGAAUGCAACGAUGACAACGGUUUCUCCGGCAUCCAAUGGCACCUCACCUGCCGUCAUUGCAGCUGUGGUCAUCAUACUUCUUUUAGCUGUUGUUGCCAUCAUACUUGUCGUCUGGUUCUGCAGAUACCGAAACCAGCCAUGUUGUAAAGGCCAUCGAGUGCGAGCAAGACAAGGAUCAAAACGUGAAAGCUUUACAUCGGAUGGAGGUAUCAAUGGAUUCGGAAUGAGUCCCGUGCAGGCCGAGAUGCAGCCUUUCAUCAUGCGACAUCGCUGCGACAUCUUUAUCCACCAUCACGGCACGGAUCUGACCCUUGCUGAAAUGAUGCGCUCGAAGCUCCUUGAUCAAGAAUCUCACCUACACGUCACCCUGUGGAGCGAGAUAGCCGGUACGGGCCGGGAGAGCCGCCCUAGCACCAAACGCCUUGCCCUCAGUCUCGUUCACAGCACCACGGUCGUCCUGUUAGUCUCGUGGAAGUACCUUCAGCACGAGUCGCAACGGUUCCGCCUCGCGCUCAGUCGCAUCCCCCGCAAGGUGGACUCGGUCAGAGGGAAGGUCGUCAUCGUUCGGCGGAUCGAGGAGGACAAAGUGCCCCACGACCUCAAGACGGACAUUGCACACUCUCUAGAAUACAACGUAGACACGGAUAGUAAAUUUUUCUGGCCGCGAUUUAACCGGGCAGUGAUCCCACAAAGGGAUGAUAUGCUUUACUGGAGGACAUGAUGAUCUAUUGAGUAACAACCUUGGACCUUGUUUUGGGGCAACAGCCAUCUGUCUGGACAGAACUUAAUGACCUCUUGAUAUAUCAUCCAUAUUUUCAUCGUUUUCAGCCACUGUGUUGAGCUGUGUCUGAAUAAAAUGUCCCCAGCUGUAUUGGGACAGGUUUAUUAAUUUGACUUGGGUGUAUAAAUUUGUUCUUAACGCAUUGGUUUACGUUUGUUGUCUAUGUAUCAAAGGACAUUGAUUUACAGGAGGAAGCACAGGACAAAACUGAGUACAAGAUGGAAAUGUCAUGUAAUGAUCAUAUAUGCUCCUAUGCUAACCAUUUGUUGUUAUAGGCUUCUUGAUGAAAGAGUUCUCAUAGAUUUAAGAUCGAAGUCGAGAUCUGUGAAAUCUGCCAAUGUGACGAGCCAAGACCCGACCAUGAUGUUAUUGUGAUGGAUUUUGACCAGUCAUCUCGAAGAGGAGAGUCCUAGAACUGAAUGAGGGAGAGAUGCAUGCCUUCAGAAUCUUCCUAGGUAUGAAGACAAGAUGAUCGAAGAGAUACCUCAUCGUUGAAAGGAAGAACUGUGGUUCUUAGGAAAGAUACAUAAAUGUAAAGUGCUGUUUUUAAAAGUAAAUCAGAAUUUUGUCAAUUUUAUGACAUGGAUGUAUGAUCGACACGCAGAAUUUGAUGGCUAUGAUACAGGAAAUCAAGAACCGCUAGCAACUUGUGCAACUUUAUCUGAUUAAAGGUGGAAAAAGUGUGAAGAAAAUCGAAGGAUCAAUAUUAUUCUGGUAAAGCCUACGAGUACAUGAAAUAUCUAGAACUUGGAGAUGAUCACAGCUUUGUAUUUUUAAAUGCCAUUUGAGAAGAAUAUGAGCUUGACUUGAGCAACAUGAAGCCAAUUUCACAUGGAGUGACAACAUCGUUCUGCAUCAGGGAAAUAUGUUGAUAUCAUUUUUAUGCUGGGAAUGUUCUCUUUUUAAAAGUAAAUCAAGUGAUUUCCUUUCCUUCUGUUGAAGUCGUACUGUUUCACACAAUCUCAGGUUUCUGAAUCAGGAUUAGGAUGAGCGUAAUCGAAUGAGAAGAAAAAAAGAAUCUGAAGAUUGUCUGAGCUUGUGAUUUUAAAAUCAAUUCAUUUUGAUGGUAUCUGUGAAGACAGAAAGUAGCCAUGAAAAAAUGUAUAUUCGGAGGGGAAGUGUUGUCUUUCCUCUGCCCUUCUCUGUGUUGUUACAGGUGAUCACGUUCCUGUUUGACAUUCUAUUUGCUCUGCCAAUGAAGAAGCAGGAAAUGUGAACAUAAAUAGGCAGUUACCAUGGCAACAUGAGUCAUGUUUGCCAUGGUGUGCUACUUCUACAGGAUAAAGGGUGUGUGGAAAUGUAAUAUCUGGGUUUGAUGAACUUUACAAUGAGAGACGGAAGAAAGUGAAACUAGGAUACGGUGAAGAAAUAUACUUUGUAGUUGCUAUGGUGAUUGAACGAUGACUGAUUUUUUAGGAUUCUUGUAGAUUUGAACUUUUAUUCUUGGCAGUCCUCCUAGCUGGUAUCUUCUUGUCAUGUCCUGUCUGGGGAAUUCAAGGGAGUUUCUGGCAAUUAAGUUCGUGAUUUUAAUUGAUGUGUGGUUUGGGGUUUCUUAUUUUAAGUCUUUGCUGUAUUCAAAGUAAGGAUGGGGUUGGACAGGGUUGUAUUUGAAAUUCAUUGAAGUAGGCCUUCACUAGGUUGACAUGGUAAUUAUUUGUCGCCCUUUGAGAUACUUAAUGAAUAAACAAUGGUUUCAUUCAGGUAUUGACGAUCUGAACCCUGUAACAUCUAACUGGGCGAUUGAUAGUGUAGCUAAUUUUCAAGACUGAUCAUACAGAGUUAUCAAUGCAAUUAAGCAUAGAAAACAGCCCUACAAUAAUUUGUUUUAGCUUUUGUUUAGGGGCUCAGAAAGAGAUAAUUCUCAUUCCAUAAGAAACAAAUUUUUCUGUUUUCAAUUAUGUUAAUUCAAUGGAUAAUACUAAUAAUGAUAAUAAUAUAUCAUAUUUACCUAGAGUAGCCACUUAUGCUAUAAGCUGGGGGUUUUUUCACAAAGAUUUAAGUAUGACUUAGAUUGCACUUAAAUGCCGACGAGUAUCUGAAAUACAAUGCGCAAUCUAAUUGAUCAAUACGCAGUAGUGCAUGUCCUCUUUGCAUGAUCUGACCAAUGCGGGUAUGCCUAUUAUACCGCAUGCAACUAGGCAUUUACAUGUAAGUGUGACUCUAAGUCAUACUUGAUCUUUGUGAAACACCCCCUUGGACAUCUAGUGGGCCCUGCAUAAGGUAAUAUGGUAUCAUUACCCCUCGAAAUCCCAAUCCAAGUGCCUGGCUGGAUACAUGUAUUGCAGAAAGUCCCAUUUUGGCUUUAAUGUAAUUAACCAGGCAUUGAACCUACAACCUCCCAUUCAUGAGGCGGACACUCUACCACUGAGUGCCUGGUCAGAUGACAGGAGGUCCCAUUUCUUAAAAAUGUAAUUAGCCAGGCAUUGAACCUAUAACCUCCCAUUCAUGAGAGGCGGGCGUUCUACCACUGAGCCACCAAGCCAUGCCAGUGCAUUAUGGUCACAUGAUUGUAAAGGAAGUUUGAAUGCAUGUUGAGCGGCACGCAGACAGAGGUAUCAGGUUUCACACCAGGAUGCGCAGGAGAAUUUCUUUGAAUAACAAAGAUGUCGGUGUAGUGGAUUCUGUCAUCGAAAAGGGAAUUAGUGUGUCAUUUAAAGGGCAUAUGUACUGGUCAACAGCCUUCAUACCCCCAACUCAAGUCCUCAACCACUCACAGUGGGCUAGGUUCAUUGCCCAUAAUGCAACAUUCUGUGAAGUCUUGUAAU